CUCUUUCCUUUCAGUGCGCAUGACCCGAGCCAGCAGGCGGCUGCGUGCAGACGCCGAAGCUGUGACGCCCCGGGUUUCCCAGGCUGCGCCGCGGCAGUUUAUAUCAGAAAGCCGAGGCGCAGAAAGCGGAGUGCCAACGAGAGCCGACCGCGUUUGGAGUGUGUUCUCCAAGGUUUAGAGAAAAAGCCCUCGCUCUUGUUCCUGGCCUCUGCACGUCGCCGGAACAUGCCGUUUUACUUCCUACAGGGUCUCGCGGCGGGCCUGUGAGUGUCUGUCGGCCACCCACCCACCGUCUCUUCGGAGGAAACCUCCCUCCCCCACCCGCCGACCUGCUCCGGCCAGGCGAUGACAGCGGCCUCGGCAACCCCGCAGCAGAUGAGAGACCGGCUGCUGCAGGCCAUCGAUAGCCAGAGCAACCAGAUUCGUGAUAUGGGGGUUGUACAAGAAGUGAUCUCCAGUUUGGAGAAGUACCCCAUCACCAAAGAAGCACUUGAGGAAACUCGACUUGGAAAGCUGAUUAAUGAUGUGAGGAAGAAGACAAACAAUGAGGAUCUAGCUAAGCGGGCUAAAAAAUUGCUCAGGAACUGGCAAAAACUUAUUGAACCUGGGCAAGCAGAUACAGCACCUAGGGUACCUCCUCCUGGCUCUGCAAAUGGUGGGGCACACCCUUUGCGACAAGAUGUUCUUUCUCCUUGCCCUGCCUCCCUGCAGGAACUGAAGAGCCGGAGUGAAAUCCAAAUCCCUUGCUCCCCUAAAGCAGAGAGGUCGGGAAGCCGCAAGAGGAAAGGAGAAUUGAGGGAUGGUUUUCCUCCGGCUAAACUCUCCAAGGUCAACUGUGACACUGUACACAACUCCAGCCCACCCCCAACAAAUGGUAUUAGUGGGAGCCCAGAGCCUCUACCCAGCCCACCACUUGUGGCAGAAAGAAGCCGGUUGGAAGCUUCAGAGAAUGACCGGCAAAACAAAAUACCUGUUAAUGCUGUGAAGCCACAUACAAGUUCCCCGGGGCUUGUAAAGGUCCCCAGCACUUCUUCCUUACUCAAAGCAGCAGUACUACAGCAACAGGCCAAAGCAGAUGAGGUGGUUGGGGCCUCUUGCCCCCCAAGAAGUCCACGAUGUGCAUCUUUCAGCCCAAGAAGUAUUAAGCAAGAAACUUUGGCCAAGCAGCCCACCAUUUAUGCAACCUGCAGCCCAAGGCCCUCCAUUGACGCUUCUCAGGUGCCAUCUUCACCUUCCCCACAUCUUUUGACCCCACUCCCAGUACCAGCUUCUCCCCCUCUGCCAGUUUCAGAGACCCACUCCCAGCAUCCUAAAACAGAGGCUUGCAAAGCUGUUGGUUUACCCCACUCGGAGAUAGAUGGGGGGGUUGUGCUUGAUGGUGUUACUCCUGGGUCUGAGAGCAAGCGGAAGAAAAAGUAUCGGCCUCGGGACUACACUGUAAACUUGGACGGUCAACCAACAUUAGAAGAGAAUAGCAAGCCAGUGCGGUUAAAAGAACGCAAGCUUACCUUUGACCCUGUAACUGGACAAAUUAAACCCUUAACUCACAAGGACUCCCUGUUGGCAGAUGAGGUAUCACCCCAUCACCGCAACCAAAUGUUGGUGUCGCAUCCAGCAGAAACACACAGGACAGAGCUGCUUAAGCAGGAGCCGGGAUCCCCGACUUUAACCAGCCCUUUCCAGAAAACAAACUGGAAGGAACUGGCAUGUAACAAUAUUAUCCAGUCGUACUUGAAUAAGCAGAGCAGCUUACUAUCAUCAUCGGGGGCACAAACCCCUGGUGCCCACUAUUUCAUGACAGAGUAUCUGAAACAGGAAGAGCACAAUGUGAAGGAGGCACGCAAAACUCAUGUGCUGGUGGCUAGCAGUACGCAAGCCGACUUGCCAGGGGUAAACCGUGAGCUGUGCACAGAGGACUUGCAACGUAUUCAUGAGCAGCAUUGGCCAGGUGUUAAUGGCUGCUUUGAUACAAAAGACAACUGGUACGACUGGACGCAGUGCAUCUCGUUGGACCCACAUGGGGAUGAGACCCGGCUCCACAUUUUGCCAUAUGUUUGUUUGGACUGAGUGGCAGGUGGAGUAAAACGAACCAGGUGUUUCCAUGGUUAAUGAGGCAGCAAUGGGUAAACCCAAAGCUCCGCCCCUAGCUGUUGUGAAAGGGGGAAAACGGGGCCAAUCUGCUCCUUUGCUUCUGUUUCAUUGAGCCUCAUCCCUACCCCCAUUGGUCAAGGUGCUGCUAACAUCAGCGUAGCGUGGGGCUGGGAGAGGUUGAGUCUGGAAUGCUGUUUAGGCAAUGAGAUUUUGGCCGAUGGAAGGAGAUGAGCCUGCUAAAUAUGGGGGGUGGUGGGUAAGUGCAGAAUUACCCCUCUAAUAUGCCAGUCUAGGGCAUGGCUUGUGAGGACAGGUGCAAAAAAAGGGCAUGGCACCCAUAACUACUACUUUACCCUGAGUGUGUAUGCAUGAAUUAGUAAAGGGGGCUCCCAUUUUCUUUUGGAUCACCCCCAGUGCAGUAUAAAAACAAACAAAAAAAAAAAUAUCAAUACCCUGUCCCAUGACAUUCCUUAUGAACCCCAUCAUAAUUUCUCAGUUUAAACAUAAAGGGAAGCAAGAAUUUAUUUUAAAAUAUUACUUAACAAAAAUAUAUGUAAUGUGAAGGAGUUUAAAAUGGGGGAGAUGGUUCAAAUUCUUUUCUUUAUCAGACUUUACCAAAGAGAGAGGAUUAUUUUUUGGGGGUUCCUUUUUUUCUUUUGGUAGUAGGGGAGCUUUUAUCCUGUUUUUUCCAUUAGAAUCCUAGCUCUCAUUUCGGAUUCUGCAUUCUGUUUUUUGCUUUUUGUGGUGUGCUUAUUAAUGUGUUUUUUUUUUUUUUUUUUUUAUUUAAAUAACUCUUGUUGUCUAUAUUCCACACAACCCUACUGUUUUUGUUGUUUUAUUUGUUGUCUCCUCUCUCCUACUUGGUAGCUUCCUGAAUAUUUUUUUUUUUGCCCAACGCCAAGCAAUCUAGGGGUGCUGUUCAGCUACAGCUUUGUCCUACUAUGGUGUUCAAAUUGAAUACCAGAGAAAAAGAGAGUCUACCUACUUGUCAGCAUUCCUUCUUGAUCAUGUUUGCCUUACGGAGAUCCACCGGGGAAAAAAAGCCUUAGUGAAUGUACAGAAACCAGACUUCUGGUAACCUUUCAUGCUGAAGGGAGCGACUUUGCUAUUUGGUCCUUUUAAUUGGACACCUUGUGAUAUAAAUGUGGAAAAAAUAA